GUCUCGAUACUUCGAUCGCAAAUUGUAGUGAGCCAGUGAACUACAAGUCAGUGAAUUUUGUGUUGUUAUUCAACCAAAAUCUAGCAUGACAACUUCGGCUAGAAGACGCCUAAUGAGAGAUUUUAAAAAGCUUCAAGAUGACCCCCCUACUGGAGUUACCGGUGCUCCGACAGAAAACAAUAUAAUGUUGUGGAAUGCAGUUAUUUUCGGACCAGACGACACUCCGUUUGAAGGAGGAACAUUUAGACUAACCAUGGAAUUCACCGAAGAAUACCCCAAUAAAGCACCUACUGUUAAAUUUAUUUCAAAAAUGUUUCAUCCUAACGUUUAUGCUGAUGGAGGCAUUUGCUUAGAUAUUCUUCAAAACAGAUGGAGUCCUACAUAUGAUGUGGCAGCAAUUCUUACUUCAAUACAGUCAUUAUUAGAUGAGCCAAAUCCAAAUAGUCCUGCUAACAGCUUAGCUGCUCAACUUUACCAAGAGAACAAACGAGAGUAUGAGAAAAAAGUCAUCGCCAUUGUUGAGCAAAGUUGGCAAUCAAGUUAAUUUCUUUCUUUCUGUUUUCUACUCUGGCAUGUUUGUAUGUGAAUUUCUCCUGGUGCUCUCUUCUUCAUUAUUUGUUUGUGUGUGUUUUGUUUUGUUUUUUUAAUUUUCAACAAAAGCAUGUUAAGAAAAGGCAGAAAAUUUUCAACUGGACUUUGAACAGUUGAUGGGGAGAAUUGUUUCUGCUAACAAAAGCAACGUAAUAUGGUGUAGGCAAUGGUAAAUGUAAACUUUUCAGUAUUUAAGCAUUAAUGAGAUUUGUAUAGUAUGGCUUUUUAAUUAAUCACGUUUUGUGUCAUGUUAGAAAUGAGGCCUAGAUUGGUAAGAUAUUCUGGGCUGUGCUUCAUGUACUAGAUUCAGUAUGUUAAAGUGGUGUAAAUACACAGAAAUAAACUAAUGAACCCUGCAAUUGUAUUGUA